AUGGCUCUAUAGGACUAUUUCCUUCUGAAAUUCAGACUACUUUUCUUAGACUGCAGGCACUAUUAGUUCACGUUAGUUUUCUCGAAAAGAAAACACAAAGUAGACUUGCCCACUGAUUGGUUAUUGCGCGACUAUAUAGCUAGGGUCAUGCAUACCGAUCAAUCAAUAAUAAUCAACUCCACCAUCUGCGAACAAUCGUGCUAAGAAGAAUGGAAGCUUCAACCCUGCUAUGGCUCCUCUACACCGCGCUCGCCUCUUGCCUCCUCUACAAGCUCUUCUUUUACGGCAAGGCGCGCCGGCCGCCGGGCCCGGUGCCACUGCCGCUUCUCGGCAACAUCCUUGAGCUCCAGGGGGAGCCGCACCACGCCCUAGCCAGGCUCGCGGAGACGCACGGCCCCAUCAUGUCGCUGAGGCUCGGCACGACCUCCGCCAUCGUGGCCUCCUCCGCCGCGGCGGCCCGCGACGUGCUGCAGAGGUACGACCACAUCCUGGCGGCGCGGUCGGUCACGGACGCCGGACGCGCGCUGGGCAACCACGAGCACUCCGUCAUCUGGCUCCCUGGCAGCAGCCCGCUGUGGAAGCGGCUUCGCGCCGUGUGCACGAACCACCUCUUCUCGGCGCGCGGGCUGGACGCGACACGCGCCGUGAGGGAGGAGAAGGUGAGGGAGCUGGUGCACUGCCUCCGCGGGCACGCCGCCGGCGGGGGCCCCGUGGACGUCGGCCGCGUCGUGUUCUCGUGCGUGCUCAACCUCGUCUCCAACGCGCUCUUCUCCGAGGACGUGGCGGACCUGAGCUCCGACCGCGCGCAGGAGCUGGAGAUGCUGGUCAGGGACACGGUCGAGGAGGUCACCAAGCCCAACCUGUCGGACCUCUUCCCAGUGCUCUCCAAGUUCGAUCUACAGGGCCGACGCCGGCGCACCGCUGGGCUUAUCGGGAGGUUCUACGACUUCUUCGACCCAAUCAUCGCCCGCCGUCUCAACCCCGGCAGCGGCGGCGGUGAAAAGAAGGAAGAUUUCCUUGAUGUGUUACUACAGCUUCACUCGGUGGAUCAGCUCAGCCUGCAAACAAUCAAGUCUUUUCUUUUGGAUCUCUUUGCCGCUGGAACGGACACGAACGCGAUCACGGUCGAGUGGACGAUGGCCGAGCUGCUCCGGCACCCGGCCGUGAUGUCCAAGGUCCGCGCCGAGCUGUGGGACGCGCUGGGCUCGAAGCCGCACCCAGACGAGUCGGACAUCGGCAGGCUGCCGUACCUCCGCGCCGUGGUGAUGGAGAGCAUGCGGCUGCACCCGCCGAGCCCGAUGCUCAUGCCGCACGAGGCAAUGGCCGACGGCGCGGAGGUCGGCGGCUUCGCGGUGCCCGGCGGCACCAAGGUGAUCGUGAACCUGUGGGCGAUCAUGCGCGACCCGGCGUCGUGGUCGGAGCCCGGGGCGUUCGUGCCGGAGCGGUUCGGGGGCGCGGAUCAGGUGGACUUCGUGGCCAAGGACCGGCUCGAGUUCAUGCCGUUCGGGGCCGGGCGGAGGGCGUGCCCCGGCACGCCGAUGGCCACGAGGGUGGUGACGCUGAUCCUUGCCUCCAUGCUGCACGCGUUCGAGUGGAGGCUGCCCGAGGGGAUGCAGCCCGGCGACGUGGAUGUGAGGGACCGGUUCGGCACGUCUCUGAACAUGGUCACGCCACUCAAGGCCGUGCCAGUGCCGGUGACAACGCGCCCGUAAAGCGCCGACGUCCUGGCUUAUGCAUGUAUGCACUGUGGCUAGCUCUGUGAUUUCUACAUGUGUUUGCAAUCAGUGGGGGCGACACGACGAGGUGAUGAAACGCACGCAUGCCGUCCUCACUGAAGGCGCGCAGUUGAACAGGAUUCAAGAGGAGGCUAUGGUUUGGGGUAUGGCGUGCGGGUGCCCAUGAGUUAAUAACUCUUAGAGAUAAACGGAAAAGUUCAUCUUAAUUUGAUCAUCUGCAUCUUGGAUUGUAUGUUCACCCAACAUUUUACAUAAUUUUUGGCCUUGAGCUUGGCCAGAAAGCCUGUAACCUAAAUUAUAAACAUCUUUGACGCCACUUUGCUACUCUCU